AUGAAGCUGAAAAAACCAUCUGAUGAGAAAUAUGUUUCUCCUAGUAGCUAUGAGAUUUUCUUUGCUUCUCUGCUUGCAAUUUUUGUGUGUGUUUGUGUUGGACUGAUUGUACUUUCUUGGUUAUCUAUCCAGGAGUUGGAACGAGUUGAAGCAGAGAGGAUUACUCAUAGCUAUAUGGGAAUAUUAAAAAUAGUCUCUGGCACGUCUUUCACUUCAACCUUACAAAACAGUUCCUCAGCUGAUUUCAAAGUCCUUGCCUUUGAUGUCGAAAAAUUGGUACAAAAUAUCUUUCAUGAAAGUGAUCUGAAACACAAGUUUGAGAGAUGUGAAAUCUCCCAGUUCAAGAGGUCAGAAGAUGAUCAUGACAGAUUGACAUCAGAGACCAGUGUGGUUGUGAUCCUCACCCUUUAUUUUACCCAGAUGGCAACAGUUGAGAAAAUAAAAAAUGAGCUGGUUUUGGGUGUCACUGCAAAUAACCCUACCGAGACUUUGAAAAUUGAUGUGAACAGCAUACAAAUCACAGUAGCUGCUGAAAAUCCUACUACAGCAACACCUUUAACCUCAUCAGUCCAAAUGUCACAAUAUACCCACAUUUUACCAUACCAGCAAAAACAGAGGUGCUCCUUGAGAGCAAGAAGUAGAGUUCUAACCUUGGGUUGUGUUUGUCCAGGUUCAGGACAGCUCACCACAAGCAAGCCCUCAACAACUGUGACUGAGUGUUUGCCACCUGCUGAACUCUGUGCUGAUGGUGCAACCUGCAUUAGUGAAGAAUUCUUUUGUGAUGGAGUCUUGAACUGCCCAGAUGGUUCAGAUGAAUCUGAAAAAAGAUGUGCUGCAGUUUGUGAUGGACAAUUCAUGUUGACUCUCUCCUCUGGGUUUUUUCACUCUAUGAAUUAUCCAAAGCCAUAUAAUGAAAACAUUGUUUGCAAAUGGAUAAUAGAAGUGCCUCAAGGGUUGUCCAUUAAACUGAACUUCACUUCUUUUGAAACACAACCAUAUGCAGACGAGCUGAGUAUUUUUGAAGGAUUAGGACAAAACAAAGUUUUAAGAGCUUCUCUGUCAGGGACCAAUCCUGAAACAAUUUACAUUUUUUCUCAUGAGGCUACAGCACUGUUUAUGUCCGAUUAUGCAGAGAAUUAUAAUGGCUUUAAUGCAACAUACACUGCAUUUAAUGCAAGUGAACUGAACAAUUAUGAGAAAAUCAACUGCACUUUUGAAGAUGGCUUUUGUUUCUGGAUACAAGAUUUGGAUGAUGAUUCAGACUGGGAGAGAGUUCAGGGUCCUACCUUUCCCUUGAUGAGUGGUCCUGAAUUUGAUCAUACAUUUGGCAACUUUUCAGGAUUUUAUAUUUCAACACCCAUUGGGCUUGGAUUCACAGAAGAGCGGGUCCGGAUCCUGAGCUUGCCUUUGGUCCCUUCAGACACCUAUUGUCUAAGCUUCUGGUAUUUCAUGUAUGGGGAUAAUGUUUACCGUUUAAGAGUCAGCAUAAGCAAUGAGCGUGGUCAGGAAAAGAUAAUUUUUGAGAAAGUAGGAAACUAUGGAAACAACUGGAAUUAUGGACAAGUAACUUUAAAUGAAACUUCUGAUUUUAAGGUUAUUUUUGAUGCCUUUAAAAGGCGUGGUCCCAGUGACAUUGCCCUGGACGACAUUGGCCUGACAAAGGGAAAGUGCAAUGAGGACAAUUAUGUAGAGCCCACUGUGAGGCCAACUACUGCCACCACCCCAUUGGUUCCCACUGACUGUGGAGGGCCGGUUGAACUCUGGGAGCCAAACAGUACAUUCAGCUCUGCAAACUUUCCAAACAAUUACCCUAAUUUAGCUUCUUGUGUGUGGUACUUGAAUGCUGAAAAUGGAAAAAACAUCCAGCUUCAUUUUCAGGUCUUUGAUCUGGAAAAUAUUUAUGAUGUGGUUGAAAUCAGAGAUGGCAGAGGACCAGAUUCUUUACUUUUGGCUGUCUACACAGAGAGAGGCCCUCUGCCAGAUGUCUUCUCUACAACAAACCAGAUGACAGUGAUCCUCCGGACAGACAAGUCUUCAACUGGGAAGGGAUUUCUUGCAAACUUCACCACUGGCUACCAUCUCAGAGCUUGCACAGUUAAUGAGCAUCAGUGUGGCAGUGGGAAAUGCAUCCCAUUGCACAACCUGUGUGACAACGUCCCUCAGUGUGAAGAUGGCUCUGACGAAGCAAAAUGCAUGAGAUUGCUCAAUGGCUCUCAGAGCACCGAAGGGCUGGUACAGGCCAGGGUUGGGGCGUCGUGGCACCUGGCAUGUGCAGAGGAUUGGAGUGGAGAGAUUUCAGACAGUGUUUGCCAGCUGCUGGGGUUGGGGGAUGCAAAUAUGUCAUCACCUGUAUUAUUCACUGGAGAUGGCCCAUUUGUCGCCAUCACCAAAGGAGGUAACCAGAGCCUAAUUUUCACAAAAAGAGAACACUGUCGGGAAAAUCUGGUGGUUCAUCUGCAAUGUAACAUUCAAACUUGUGGAAAAAACCUGGUAACUCAGAAUAAUGGAACAAGAAUUGUAGGUGGAAAUGAUGCCAGAAGAGAGGCUUGGCCCUGGAUAGUUUCACUCCAUUUUAAUUUCCAACCCGUUUGUGGAGCUUCCCUUGUCAGUGACGAGUGGCUGGUGACAGCAGCACACUGUGUCUAUGGGAGACAGCUGAAGCCAUCCCGCUGGCAGGCAGCUCUUGGCUUGUACAGCCAGUCAGACCUGGCAAAGCCUCCAGCAGUGGUUCAGAACAUUGACAGAAUAAUUAUAAAUCCUCAUUACAUGAAGCAAACAAAAGACAGUGAUAUUGCUCUGAUGCACCUUCAACACAAAGUGCAGUAUACAGAUUACAUCCAACCUAUCUGCCUACCAGAAAAGAAUCAACAGUUUCCACCAGGAAUUAUCUGCUCCAUUGCUGGCUGGGGGGCUAUUCGCAAUGAUGGUCCCUCUUCAAAUAUAUUGCAAGAAGCAGAGGUCCCUCUCCUUUCUAAUGAAAAGUGCCAGCAAUGGAUGCCAAAAUAUAAUAUUACUGAGAAAAUGCUCUGUGCAGGAUAUGACAUGGGAGGCAUAGAUUCCUGCCAGGGGGAUUCAGGUGGCCCUCUGACAUUUGAAGAUGGGGACAAGUGGUUUUUGGUUGGUGUGACAUCAUUUGGGGAAGGGUGUGCCCUUCCCCAGCGACCAGGAGUGUAUGCUCGAGUCACCAUGUUUGUGGACUGGAUCAAAAACAUCAUAGCUUGA